UGAUUCUUAAACAUUUAAAUCAUAUCCCAAAAUGGCCGCUAUUGUUGCUAAAUCAUCUGUGGCCAGCGCAGUGGCGCGCCCAUCCCGCAACAGCGUUCAGCGUUCUGUUGCAGCUCUGAAGCCGGCUGUCAAGGCUGCCCCGGUCACUGCUCCGGCCCAGGCUAACAAGAUGAUGGUCUGGACCCCGGUGAACAACAAGAUGUUCGAGACCUUUUCCUACCUGCCCCCUCUGACUGACGAGCAGAUCGCUGCUCAGGUUGACUACAUCGUUGCUAAUGGCUGGAUUCCUUGCCUUGAGUUCGCUGAGGCCGACAAGGCCUACGUGUCGAACGAGUCGACCGUCCGCUUCGGCCCAGUCUCCUGCCUGUACUACGACAACCGCUACUGGACGAUGUGGAAGCUGCCCAUGUUCGGCUGCCGCGACCCGAUGCAGGUGCUGCGCGAGAUCGUUGCCUGCACCAAGGCCUUCCCGGACGCCUACGUGCGCCUGGUGGCCUUCGACAACGUGAAGCAGGUGCAGAUCAUGGGCUUCCUGGUGCAGCGCCCCAAGAGCGCCCGCGACUGGCAGCCGGCCAACAAGCGCUCCGUCUAAGCAGCUGCGCGUGUUGCUAAUCGCCUCGGGAGUGUGGAUGCGCUCGCAUGGUUUUAUGCCAGCAUGUCCUGUGCAAUUUUUCCCUGCUGUUGCAUCAAGGGAUGCUGGCUCAGCAGCUGUUCGUAGUGAACCAUUCAUUAGGAAAAAUUCCAUCCGCUAAUAAUGACAUAUGCUUCGGGCUGCCUGUUAGGAGAUACAUCUUCUCUUAAUGAUGUUCAGAGAAGAUUAAAUGCCUCGACCCGAUUAGAUGGCGACAUAGAUGGCUUACCUUGGUAUUUUGGAUGUCGCUCGACAGUUUCGUAUGGUCAGCGCAGUUCUUAUGUAUGUUUUGCCCUCUCGGAGCAGAUAGCAGGAAGGGCGGUGCUGGCCGUUCGGUUUACAUGAAGGUCAGCUCAUUGGAAGAAUUUAGUGAAUAUUGACUAUUGAUUAAUACUCGACUUUUGUGCUCGUAAAUACAUGUAAUGAAUCAAGUUGGG